AGAGCUAGCUGACAACCAGAUAACCACCAUUCCAGACAACGCCUUUAAUGGAUUGCCAAAUUUACAGAAACUAUGGCUAUUUAGCAACCAGAUAACCACCAUUCAAGAUAAUGCCUUUAAAGGACUGCCAAAUUUACGGCUACUACAGCUAGAUAACAACAAGAUAACCACCAUUCCAGACAACGCCUUUAAUGGAAUGCCAAAUUUACAGAGACUAUUCCUAGAUUCCAACAAGAUAACCACCAUUUCAGACAAUACCUUUAAUGGAAUGCCAAAUUUACAACUACUAUUCCUACAUUCCAACAAGAUAACCACCAUUUCAGACAACACCUUUAAUGGAAUGCCAAAUUUACAACUACUGUAAGUUUUUAAAUAUUUAUUUAUUAAACAUUUACUUUUCUUCUGUCAGAUUUUUUACAAAGGUUAUCUGUUAGGCAAUCCCAAAUCUAAUGUAUCAGACCUUCAACUUUUUGUGCUGAUUCGUGUAAAAAGUACAAAGAGGAUGACAAAUUUAAUUUUUUUUAUUAUUUUCUUCAAUUCUAAUGCUACUGUGUCAUCUUUAUUUCAAUUUUUUCUUAAUCUUUUCACCUCUGAGAUUCUCAUCUUCUAAGCCCAAUUGCUUUCAAGAUAAAUUUUCUCUGCUACUGAAAAAUAAAAACAAGCAAAAGAAGGAUUUGUGAACUCAUCCUCGUUCUUUUCUUGAUAAAUACUUUUUUAGUUUCAUUGUCCACUGCCAGUUCUUGAUAAUCUAAAUCCUCUGCAACUACCCAGAUGUCUUACCUUUGUAUUUGCAACCCUAUGUUUCCAAAGCAUGGUAGUGACACCAAUUUCUCGCAUAAAUUUUUUUUUCAGAUACACUGCAAAUCUUUCACAAGGAAUAGAUUAGUUUUGUUUUGCUAAUACGAGGUACAUUAUUGACAAGUAAGUUAACAAAGCAAAAAUAUCAGCAGUCUGGUUUAAAGUCAUCAUUUCGUAAGUUCUAUGGUCUAUACAAUGACCUUGUCAGCAAAUACAGUUUAUCAUUCAGUCAAAUGCUGAAUGACGUUUUUCAUACCAAUUGUUAGUCCAUUAUUUAAACACUAAAUCGACGACAGAUUUUUCCCGUUAUUUCCUGAUCAUGACAAGGAGCACACGGCGGGUGUGAACGAUCGGCAGGGGAUGCACACUCCUCCAUGGCACCUGAUCCCACCUCUGAUAUUUCGGGGGUGAUUGUUUGCUCUGUUUUAAUUUUGUAUUGUUUUAUGGAUUUUGAGAUUGAAUACUGUUCCUUAUCUCCAUAUCCUUCUUUGCGGCAAAACAAUAAAUUGCCCAAUUAUGUACUCUUUGACAAAAGCAACGAUCCGCAUUUCAAUUCUGUAUUUUUUCCUUACGGAAAUUCAAGAUUGCUAUUGUUUGAAUGAUAAUCAUUUUUCAAUUUGCUUAAAAGCGUACACUUGAGCAAAAGUUGAUGGCAAAUCAUUUGACCAAAAAUCUGCAAUUCUGAAGAAAUUGUGUCCAAAAAAAUAUAAUUUCUUCUAAAAUCCUAAAACACAAGCUUGCCUAUAUUACAGUUAAUCGAGCAAAGUGUACUACAUGCAAUGGACGAAAAUGUGAAUAUCAUUGGGGAAAUUUUACCGAAUGUGACCUGUAUCUGUUAUUACACAUGCUGUAAGAGGGAUAAUGACCAUAUUAAAGCAUUUACAACGUUUAAGAGACACUCCAACAGGGGACAAGAAAUUUAUCAGGUUCAUUGAAUGUACAAAAACUUUAAAAAGCUUUCUUUCAAAAAAUAAUUAAAUAAGAAUUUCAUCUUGGUAAUGACAUGUGAAUUGACAGAUCAUUUAAGUUAAACUUAUGUCAGAAAUCACUUUCUGUGUUAAAAUAAGUCAUUUGAAAUUGAUAACGAGAGUUGUUAGAAAAAAAUGAGGACACAUUGAUUGAUUGAAAAUCUAUUGGAGUUUUGAAGAAUGACGUACAUUUGUAUUUUUCGUUCAAAAAGAUGAUAAAGCUGGUCCAUUUACUUGUAUUUUUAAAAAAUAUAAUGAAUUAAACUGAGCAGUAUUAUGAUUCAAUGUCAAUCCAGAUUACAUAUUUUGACUUUUUCAUUCAUUUAUAAGUAUGUGUAAAAGCAGUACCAGUGACCAAUAUUUUGAAAAUACCCAUUACCUUUUAACCGUGUGGUCAUAGGAGACACAGAGCAAUGAUUUUACGCUUUUUGAGCGCUAAGCACAGAGCAAAAUCUUUACUGUCAUCAUAUAUUUUCUCCGUUGGCGAUCCAGCUCC